AUGGCCGAAGGUAGUCUAGAAAUUCCAUUCAGGCGCCUAGAUUGCCCGGCCUUUUGUCACAACUGGCCUCGAGGGGAACUCCAGUGCCGAGAUGGGCUAAUUUUCCUCAAAUUCCCUCCCAGCCUGGUUAUCAUUCGACACCGCCCCGACAAGCGGUUUCGAGGGGCAGAGUGGGGUUUUUGUCCACACACGCCAUAUGGAGCUAUCACAUCGCAACCAGCCUCACCCAUCUCGAACCCGCCUGAGGCAAGACACCUUUCCUCUUCCAUAUUGGACUCUUCGAAAUGA